AUGAUCGCCGAGGAGAACAAGCCGAUCAUUGGUGCCUCCAUGUCGGGGCGCCGCAAUAUCAAGCCAAGACCGAGGAUGGAAGGCUACUCCAUGCUCUGCGCCAAAUACUUUGCCGACGAUCCAUUGCACGGGGAUGGUGUAUUCCGCUGUCAUUUUUGGAUGAAUAGGAAGCUCUUCCUGAAGAUAGUCAAGAAUUUGAGGGAGAUCGACUGCUUCAAACUAAAGAGAGACGCCGUCGGCGAGCUUGGUUUCUCGACAAUUCAGAAAUGCAAGGUGGCUCUUCGGAUGCUUUCCUAUGGAAUUGCAGGUGAUACAUGUGAUGACUAUCUGCGCAUGCAAGAGUCCAUGGCCAUUGAUUUCAUGUAUAGAUUCUGCAGGGCAAUUGUGACGGCAUGGAAGAACUGUCCAUUUGCACAGCAGGGCAUAUAUAAGGGACACAAGGAUGCAUGCCGUGUGGUGCUUGAGGCAGUGGCUGAUCAGGACCUGUGGAUUUGGCAUGCGUUCUUCGGCAUGGCAGGAUCACGCAAUACUAUAAAUGUGGUGCAAUGCUCCGAUGUGUUCCAAAAGCUUGUCGAAGGCAAUGCCCCUCCGGUGCAGUUGGAGAUCAAUGCCCACCAAUAUGACAAGGGAUACUAUCUUGCAGAUGACAUCUAUCCAAGAUGA